CCAGGCCUGGUUCAGUCUAUUUCAGAGGUGGAGUUGAGUAGAAGUCCAGCACGUUCUUACCUACAUCAGUCUAGAAGAUGAGUUCUCGCCAGGAUGACAUGGUGGCUACCCCGUUUAAGCUUUGGGGUGGCCGUUACUCGAAAGGAACCGAUCAUGUCCUAUCGAAGGUAAAUAAUUCGUUGACGAUCGAUAAGCGGCUGUUCUCGGAGGAUAUUGAUGGCAGUAUUGCCUAUGCGAAAAGUUUGACCGAUGCUAAGCUGUUGACCAUGAGUGAGUUCAAAGUGAUCUGCUACGGACUGGAGACCAUCCGGAGUGAAUGGGAGAAGGGAACGAUCAAGUUGAUGCCACGGGAUGAGGAUGUGCACACGGUGAACGAGCGGCGACUGAUCGAGAUUAUCGGGUUGCAGAUUGGCGGGAAGUUGCACACUGGCAGAAGCAGGAAUGAACAGGUUGUGGUGGAUAUGAAACUGUGGAUGAGGAACUCCGUUCGAGAGGUGAUGCAGCAUUUGAGCGCGCUGAUCAAGGGAAUCAAUGUGGUUGCUGAGCGAUAUAUCGAUGUCCUGAUGCCGGGAUAUACGCACAUGCAGAAGGCCCAACCGGUACGGUUCAGCCACUGGCUCCUGAGCUAUGCAUUUUACUUCAAAGAGGAUUACCAGAGGUUUUCGGAGUUUUUGAAGCGGAUGAAUGUGCUACCUUUGGGCAGUGGGGCGUUAGCCGGUAAUCCGUUCAACAUAAAUCGCUAUCAGUUGGCAGAUGACUUGGGCUUCAAUGGAGUUUCGUAUAACAGCAUGAAUACCGUUAGUGAUCGAGACUUUGUGGUUGAGUUCAACUUUCUUUGCACAUUGACCGGAGUUCACAUGAGCCGAUUAUCCGAAGAUCUGAUCCUGUUUUCCACAAAGGAGUAUAAUUUCUUGGAGCUGUCGGAGGAGUACACAACCGGUAGCAGUUUGAUGCCCCAAAAGCGCAAUCCGGACAGUUUGGAGCUGAUCAGAGGAAUUUCAGGCAGCAUUUUUGGCCAGCACUGCGGGCUGCUGAUGACAUUGAAAGGCUUACCUUCGACGUACAACAAAGAUUUGCAGUGCGACAAGAGUGGAAUGUUUGCUGUUUACGAUCAAAUUUUGCUUUCCCUGGCGCUGACGACCGGAGUGAUAACGACUGUGAAAGUGGACGAGGAACGCUGUUUGAGUGCUCUCAGUUACGACAUGCUGGCGACCGACAUGGCAUACUAUCUAGUGCGCAAGGGAAUUCCAUUCCGAGAGGCCCAUCAUAUUUCGGGAGAGGUUGUGGCGUUUUCUGAGAAGGUUAAAAUCCCGAUUAACAAGCUCACAUUGGAGGACCUGAAGGAAAUAAGCCCGUGCUUCGACGAGACCGUUAGUGCUUUGUGGAACUACGAAAACAGCGUCGAACAGUACACCGUUGUUGGGGGAACGUCCCGAAUCUCAGUGCAGGAGCAGAUAAAUCUGCUCAAGGUGUUUCUUUCGAAAAGCGAUUGAACUUGUAAUCUAGCUAUUAAGAUUAUUUUGUUUUAUUUUGUUGAAUCUGUAUAAAUAUAACGUAUGACUUUUUUGUAGAGUAUAAUCGUGAGAUAAUGUUAAAUUGUUUAUGUAUACUGCAAAACAAAAAAAACUGUGCUAUGUUUCCCUGCUCUGUGACUAAUAAACACCUUUCUUUUAUAACGUGAUAUACAUAAGCCUAUGACCAAAGUUCAUUGGAACUUUCCUUUCUGCCAAUUAUAGCCAUUAAAUUUUGUUUAUUAGUAGCGCGUUAAUGUGGAAAAUAAAACCAUUCGUGAGAAUACCAAA